GCGAUGACCGACGUGUCGCCGUGCCUGACUACUGCGGCCAGGCAAUGACCGACGUGUCGCCGUGCCUGCCUGACUACUGCGGCCAGGCAAUGACCGACGUGUCGCCGUGCGUGCCUGACUACUGCGGCCAGGCAAUGACCGACGUGUCGCCGUGCGUGCCUGAGUACUGCGGCCAGGCGAUGACCGACGUGUCGCCGUGCCUGACUACUGCGGCCAGGCAACCUGACUACUGCGGCCAGGCAAUGACCGACGUGUCGCCGUGCGUGCCUGACUACUGCGGCCAGGCAAUGACCGACGUGUCGCCGUGCCUGACUACUGCGGCCAGGCAAUGA